AUGAAGUUCCUCGACCUUCUUAGCCUCUCUUUCCUCCUCGCUGUCGCCAGCGCAGCAGCCGUCCCAGACGUCGAGGGCACCACCACCAACGACGCGGCCUCCACUCUCAAUAACAUCAACGACAAACUCGACCACUGCGGCCAGCUCUGCUUCAACAACCAGGAGUGCAGCGGUAAAUGCUCCAAGUGCGACAAGAACGCUUCCCUGAAUCGCAUCUGCCGUCUACCAGCAAGAGAGCUCCAGGCCAUCAAUCAACCGCACACCCUUGGUUCACCUAGAGCCGUCACAGUGUCGCCCUACGACUCGUCGCGUCGUCUCUUUCGCCCACCGCCGCUCUUCUCGUCCCUCCGUGAUCGAAUCCUCAUCAGAAGAACCUCAACCCGCAGAGCUGUCCGCCCUCGCCGGUCAUACACCAUGCCCGCCUUGAUCGAGAGCCCCGAGCCCGUCGCGCCCGUGCUGCGCGUCCGCGAGCUCGAAGACGAUGAGGAGUACGUCAUGACCGCAUUCGAGCGCCAUGCCAGCCACUGCUCGCAAUGUGCGGACCCCCUGCGCGUCCACCAGGAGGACCGUACCCUCUGUGACCGUGGUCGCCAGUACGCCAUCGACGUGGCCGAGUACCUCUACAGUGAGAACGGCAAGGCCAAGUCCGUCAUCGACCGCGAGUUGAGCCAGCCCACACUAGUCAAGAUCCCCCGGGACUGCGUCGCUGUCCGGGGCCUCCUCCUCGCAAUCGAGGAUGGCCUGCGUCUGCAGCGCAAGGAGCAGGAGAAGGCUCAGAGUCAGACCCGGGUCGCGGCCCCUAUCAUCAGCUACGAUCGCACAUACCCAAUUGCGCCUCGCCGGGCAAACACACAGCAACCCAUUGCUGUCAACGAGAUCAUUGAGCGCGAGCCCCGCGCCCUCAAGAGUCGCCGUGUGAUCAUCUACCCGUCUCCACGUGGAUCGCCGUCCCGUGGCUCCCUGUACGACUCGGAUGCGGCAGACCGCAUUGAGCGCUUCAAGGAAUCUUCUUCGCGCAUCUAUCGACCAACUGGAUACUAUCGUUGA